AUGUCAAGCAAUGAGGAAUCAAGAACCAACCUUACAACAAAUGGUUGGGACGAUUAUUUUUGGAAGUCUGGCCAGAAGGAUCCGCCUUUUCAUGUGCAAGAGGUCCAUUCCACUGUCAAAAAAUUUUACAACCAACUUUUCAGCGAGGGCAAAACUGGACGGAUAUUCAUUCCACUCUGUGGUAAAUCAUUGGAUCUCAUUUAUUUUGCUGAUUUAGGACAUGAUGUUUUUGGUUUAGAGUUUUCAGAAGUUGCAGUGGAAUCAUUUUUUGCAGAAAAUAACUUGAAAUUUACGAAGUAUGAUUUGGAAAAUGAACCAUUUGUUGUUUACAAAUGUCUGGAUAAAGCAAUAACACUUUACCGUGGAGAUUUUUUCAAGUUUAAACCUGAAAUUUGUGGCCAAUUUGAUGCAUUUUGGGAUCGUGGAAGUUUUAUUGCUAUAAAUAUGGGCCAGAGGUUGGAAUAUGCAGAAAUUAUGUUUAAAUUAAUGAAAAACACGUCAAAAUAUCUUCUACAGGGGGCUUAUUAUGAUGGCACAAAAUAUGCUGGUCCACCACACUACUUAUCUGAAGAUUCUUUGAGAGAAACUUUAGGAAAAAGAUACUCUUAUGAAUUGCUUGAAACAAAAGAAUCUACACCUCCAAUACCGAAUUUGAAAAUGGAUUGGACAAUUAAUAUAUAUUUACUCGAGCCAAAAGUUAAAGGUUCGCUGUAA